AUGGAUGCUCAUGUUAGACGGACUCCUGAGCAAGUAGUCAAUGAAAGGCAUAAUAGUAGUUCUACUCAGACUACUAUAGAGAACCGUUUUAGGACAGCAGAACAAAAAGCUAGAGUUGAUUAUCACAUUGCUAAGUGGUUGUAUCAGCAAGGUAUCCCAUUCAAUGCUAUUAAGGCAAGGACCUUUGAGGUGAUGUGCGAGUCUAUUGCACAAUAUGGUUCUGGAUAUAUUCCACCUUCAUAUCAUCAAGUGAGAGUGCCAUUGUUAAGAAAUGUUGUGAAUGAAACUGCAGAGAUGAAGAAAAAAUAUGAAGAGUAUUGGAAGCAGUAUGGGUGCACUCUUAUGUCUGAUGGAUGGACGGAUAAACGGGGAAGGCACAUAAUUAAUUUUCUCGUUAACUGUCUAGAGGGGACUUAUUUCAUGGGAUCUGUUGAUGCAUCUGGUAUGGUUCAAAGUGCACAAGUGCUAUUUGAAUUGCUUGAUAGCAAAAUUGAUGAGAUUGGUGAGGAUUAUGUCAUUCAAGUUGUGACUGACAAUGCUUCAAACUAUAAGUUGGCUGGUGGUCUGAAAGACUUUAAGAAUGUGAUAGGUAAGGCAAAAAAAAUAACCACCUUCAUCUACAGGGACCCUCGUCUUCUUGAUGCAAUGAGGAAAAGAACUAGACAAAAAGAUCUUGUGAGAGCUGCAGCUACUAGAUUUGCAACUGCUUGUUUGACAUGUCAGAGCUUAGUUAGGCAUAAGGAUGCAUUGAAGCAUUUGUUUAUUUCUGAUGAGUGGAAGGGUUCUAAUUUGUCAAAGACAGAGGCUGGAAAGAAAGUGGAAGAAACGGUGUUUGCUGUACCAUUUUGGAACACUAUGGAGGAUUUUAUUAGAGCAUCGAAGCCACUUAUUGUUGUUUUGAGGAUUGUUGAUGGUGAUCAGAGGCCUGCAAUGCCUGAAGUUUAUGUUGCUAUGGAAGAGGCAAAAAAGAAAAUACGUGAACAUUUAGCACAUAAAGAACGGCUGUGGAAGAAAAUUAUAAGUAUCAUUGACAAGCGUUGGGAGUGUCAGAUGGAGCGUCCAUUGUAUGGAGCCGCACUAUUUCUUAAUCCCGGAAAAUUUUUCAUGUUCAACGAAAAUGAAAAUGGCGAACUGAUUGCCAAUCUACACAUCUCAUUGGUUGAUGUCAUGACCAGAUUGGUAGUUGACCCUGCUAUACAAGACAAGAUAACUUUGCAAAUUGAUGAUUAUAGAUAUUCAAAGGGUUGUUUCGGGAGGGAUAUGGCGAUUAGACAACGGACAACCAUAAAUCCUAGUUAG